CGCUAAACGGAGCCAAGUUAUUUCAGGUGACUCGAGGCUACGGCCGCGCCGCAGGGCUCAGGGCAGAGUCCGGGGCUCCGCUCCUGGCACCGGGCCGCUGCGGACGCGCCGGUACUUCCCCGAGCGAGAGCCGCUGGAGCCCGCCCCUUCCGCUCCAGCCCGGAACGGAGAGUCGGAGCACCGCGUUUCUGGUCCGACCUUGUCGGCAGUCACUUCCGCCCGGGAGCUGCAGUACCCGAGGCCCUUUGGCAGCGACCCGGAAAGGCACUUCCGGGGUGUGUUGCCCAGGCGCCGGCCGGGUGGGCCUGGAGGGACGACGUCCCGGGUCGUCGUCUCCCCCUUUGUGGGGCCGCGAUGUCGGGGCUCAGCUACCCAGAGAUGGAGGGCUGUCGUAACCUGCUCGGCCUCCUGGACAACGAGGAUAUCCUGGCCCUGUGCGACACCAUCACCAACCGCCUGGUGCAGCCUGAGGACCGCCAAGAUGCCAUUCGUGCAAUAUUGGUAUACAGUCAAAAUGUAGAAGAACUUUUGAGGCGUAAGAAAGUCCACCGAGAAGUCAUAUUUAAGUACUUGGCAACACAGGGGGUUAUUGUACCUCCAGCUACUGAAAAACACAAUCUUAUUCAGCAUGCAAAGGAUUACUGGGAAAAGCAAUUACAACUGAAAUUGAAGGAAACACCAGAGCCAGUUAAGACAGAAGACAUUAGACUGUUUCAACAGGUAAAAUAACUUAUAGUUAUACCC